ACAUCUAAAGUGGUGUUUGUCGUUCGUACCAACGUGGCCUUCGACGGAUCCCUUGCUGAUGAUUGUCCAUUACCAGGACAAGCAGUAAGCUUUCAGGUCAAAGAUUUUUUACACAUCAAAGAAAAGUUCAAUAAUGAGUGGUGGAUCGGUCGCCUGGUCAAAGAAGGUUCCGAGAUCGGAUUUAUUCCAUCCCCGGCCAAACUGGAAGCAAUGCAAAGUUUUGGCAUGCGGGCUUUGAGUUGUGUGAUACGUGCCCCAAGAUCUGUUAUUGAUCAGCACACUGCUCGCGAUGCAGAUGCGAACAAUCGCAGCUGUGAUGAUGACCAGGGCGGUGGUCGACGUGAUGGGGGCGCCGGUGGUAAAGUAUCUGUCAACACUCGAGGUGGACGAAAGCCGUUUUUCAAAAAGGUACGUGUGAAUCAUCCUGUUGUUUCUGUUGUGUUCCCCUCCCACGUGGCCGACUGA